CUCUACUACGCGUUCAAUAAAUUAUUUGGUUUGAAGUUUAGAACUUCUGGCUUUAACUACAAUCCAAGUCGAUCUCUUUGUACUUGUCUUGUUUCAAUUAUUAGGUGGAAACAUAGUUAAUGUUCGGGAUGUUGAUACAUAUUUGAAUUGUUUUAUAUGCUUUAAAGAUCAGCAAAAACAAUGCACUCCUCUUAACACUGUCAAAUUUGCCUCCUCUUUUUUCAGUCCAAAGAAACUCAAGCUCCUCAUCUUCAAUGGCUGCUCCAACCCUUUCAUCAUCUUCUGAAUCUUACGAUGUCUUCAUAAGUUUUAGAGGUGAAGACACCCGUAGGAGCUUCACCGAUCACCUCUACUCCGCUUUAAAGCGACACGAAAUCCACACCUUCCGAGAUAAUGAGGAGCUUCGAAAAGGGGAGAACAUUUCUACUGAACUUCUCAACGCAAUUCGAAAAUCAAAAAUUUCAAUUGUUGUUUUUUCCAAAGGCUAUGCUUCUUCCAGGUGGUGUCUCGAUGAGCUUGUGGAGAUCAUGCAUCGUAAGAAAACAAAAGACCUCAUCCUUCUUCCUAUAUUUUAUCAUGUAGACCCUUCAGAUGUUCGAAAACAGACCAAAACUUUUGCAAAAGCCUUUGAUAGGCAUGAAAAACGGUUUCAAACUGACAUAGAGAGGGUGCAAAAGUGGAGGGAAGCUCUUACUGAAGCUGGGAAUUGUUCAGGCUGGGAUCUCGCAAAUGGGUAUGAAUCAAGAUUAAUCGAUGAGAUUGUUGAAAAAGUUUUGUGUACCAUAAACCCUAUUCGCAUGGAUGUUGCCAUAUAUCCUGUUGGAAUAGAUUCUCGUGUUGAAGAGAUAAAAGAUUUAUUAGAUCUUGAAACAAGUGACAUCGUUUCUGUUGUGGGCAUUUAUGGAAUGGGUGGAAUCGGUAAAACAACUUUAGCAAAAGCUGUUUAUAUUCAAAUAUGUGAUGGAUUUGAAGGAAGCAGUUGUCUUUUGAACAUUAAAGAAACUUCAGCACAACCCAAUGGUUUAGUUUCUUUACAGAAAAAACUCCUCCAUGAUAUCUUGAAAACAAAUUUGAAGAUUGACAAUGUUGGUGGAGGAAGCGAUUUGAUUAAGAAAAGACUUCAAAACAAAAGAGUUCUUGUUAUUCUUGAUGAUGUAGAUCAUGUGAAACAACUACAUGCAUUAGCUGAAAACUCUGAAUGGUUUGGUCCAGGAAGUAGAAUCAUUGCAACAACUAGAGAUGUUCAAAUACUUACUCAACUUAGAGUACAUAAACAAUAUAAGGUUGAAAAUUUGAAUUAUAGGGAGUCUCUUCGACUUUUCUCAUAUCAUGCCUUCAACAUGGCCGAUCCAGUAGAUGAUUACCAACAGAUUUCGAUUUGUGCAGUGAAUCAUGCAAGAGGACUUCCAUUAGCUCUUAAGGUUUUGGGUUCUUUUCUAUAUGGAAAAAGUGUUUCUCAAUGUAAAUUCGAUCUUGAAAAAUUACAAACAAAUCCUCAUGAGGAUAUUCAAAAAUUACUUAGAUUAAGUUGUGAAUCACUAGACGAUGACACAAAAGAGAUAUUCUUUGAUAUUGCAUGCUUCUUUAUUGGUAUGAAAAAAGAAUACGCCAUCAAAAUACUUCAGGGUUGUGGUUUUUUUCCAAAUAGUGGCAUUAGUAUUCUCAUUCAGAGGUCCCUUUUGACAAUUGAUAUCGAAAUGAAGUUGAGUAUGCAUGAUCUUAUUCGAGAUUUGGCAAGGGAGAUUGUUCGCAAAAAGUCACGUAGUCAUCUAGGAAAACGGAGCAGAUUGUGGUUCCAUGAGGACGUAGUAAAUGUAUUGAGCAAACAAACGGGAUCGGAAAAAGUGGAAGGUCUCAUCCUAAAUUUGCCUGUUCUUGAAGAUAGACAUUUCAAAACUGAAGCAUUUGCAGGGAUGAAAGAUUUGAGAUUGCUCCAAAUCAAUGGGGUAUCUCUGACAGGAUGUUAUGGUCAUCUUCCCAAAGACUUAAGAUGGCUUUGUUGGCAUCAAUGCCCUUUGAAAUUUCUACCACAAGAUUUUCAUCUAGAGAACCUUGUUGUUCUUGACAUGGAGCAUAGUAAUGUCAAAGAAAUCUGGAAGGGGAACAGAGUACUCAGCAAGUUGAAAGUUCUUAAUCUCAGCUAUUCCAAAAAUCUCACUAAAUCACCCAACUUCUUACAAGUCCCACAUCUAGAGAUGCUAAUUCUUGAAGGUUGCAUAAACUUGGUUGAACUUCAAGAAUCUAUUGGACAUCUAAAAGAUCUUGUUUUGCUGAAUUUAAAUGAAUGCAAUAACCUUUGGAAUCUUCCAAGAAGUAUUUCUAACUUGGAAUCUCUUGAAAGACUAAACUUUUCUGGACCUACGGGUCGAUUCCCACAAUCUCGGUUGUCAAGUUUCUCGUCCUGGCUAUCACCAAAAAGUCUGAACCCCGUGAGUUUGCUGCGAGCUUUUGUUUUUGGAUUUUUUUAUUUGGGAAGACUAGUUCUCAGUAACAGCAAUUUGUCUGAAAAUGAGAUUGACAUUGAUCUUGAGAGAUUAUCUUCACUCAAGUUUUUGGAUUUAUCAUAUAACAACUUUCGCAACCUACCUGAUUGCAUCCGUCGCCUUCCAAAAUUAAACAUUUUGAUUUUAAGUCAUUGUUUGUCUCUUCACUCAAUUUCGGGACUCCCCGCCAAUGUAGGGAGCCUACUUGCAUUUGGCUGCUCAUCAAUGGAGAGACUCUCGAUUAUGCCUGCUUCCAAAAUAACACUACUUUGGCUUAUGGACUGCUGCAAACUGGUUGAGGUUCAGGGCUUUCCUUUGGAUUCUGGUGGAGACUUCAAUUUUUUUGGGUGCUACAAUUUAUCAUCUGAUUUUAGGCAGAGUCUUCUCCAGCGUCCGUCGACCAAGCGUGACUGUGUUCGGUUCACUUUCCUCCCUGGUAGUGAAGUUCCAAAUUGGUUCAGGAAUCAAUCUAUUGGAUCUCCUAUGAUAUCCUUUCAUGUUCCUCCAAUAUCCUCGCAUGUGCCUUCACUUUUACCUUCCGACGGUGCGGUUUACAUGUUACUUAUUUGCGCGGUUUAUGCAAAGGAGGACAAAUCCGAUCGGAUGAUUAGAAUUUGCGUGACUGUUGAUAACAAAACAAGAGGCUACCGACAGGUGAUUGUGCCUGCAACAUAUCACCAUUUUGCCGACAUGUCAGAUCAUUUGUUUUUAGUACAGUGGCAUCUUAUCAGAAGAGACAAAGCCUUGAUGCUCGUUAGUCCAGGAAGAGAAAUGGAGCUCGUAAGUGGAGAUGAAAUUGAGGUGUCCUUCGAUUUUUCAAGCGCCGAUUUGAACAAGUGUGUGGUGAACAAGUGUGGGGUUCAUCUACUAGUUGAUGAGCCUAAAAGUAAUGCAUAAAUUUGCAGCUUUGUAAUACAUAUAUAAUUAUGAGAAAUUUGCUUUUAGCUUUU